AGGGCCACACCCGCCCCCCGGGAGGGGAACUGGGCUGCGAACAGCUGCCACGGCAGGAGGACGCAGUAGGCGGCUGAGGAGGAUGGCGUGCCUGGGUUUCCUCCUCCCCGUGGGCUUCCUCCUCCUCCUCACCAACACCGCAGCCCGGGGGGAGUACGGCGUGGUCCACGUGGUGUCGGAGAACUGGAGCAAGGACUACUGUGUCCUGUUCAGCUCCGACUAUGUCAACCUGCCUCGGGACCUGCGCCACGCCCCACUCCUGCCCCUGUACGACGGCACCAUGGCAUCCUGGUGCCCGGGCGACAACUCCUCCCCCCAGGCCCUGCCCGGCUCCCCCGGCCAGCGUCCCCUCCGCCAGACCACCGCCAUGGUCAUGAGGGGCAACUGCAGCUUCUACGCCAAGGGCUGGCUGGCUCAGGGCCAGGGCGCCCACGGGCUGCUCAUCGUGAGCCGGGUCAGCGACCAACAGUGCUCAGACACCGCCCUGGCGUCCCAGGACCCCCACAAGCCCCUGCCCGACCUCACCAUCCCCGUGGCUGUGCUCCGCUACACCGACAUGCUCGACAUCCUCAGCCACACUCACGGGGACGGCGCGGUCCGCGUGGCCAUGUACGCGCCCCCGGAGCCCCUCAUCGACUACAACAUGCUGGUCAUCUUCAUCCUGGCCGUGGGCACCGUGGCCGCCGGCGGCUACUGGGCCGGCCUGACCGAGGCUGACCAGCUGCAGCGGCGCCGGGCCCGAGGAGGAGGAGGGCCUGGCGGCCACAAUCAGCCGGAAGUGGAAGCAGCAGCAACAGCAGCUGCCGAGGCGGCCCCCGGGGGCCGGGGGGAAGAAGAAGAUGAGGGUGCACCAGUGGACUUCACGCCGGCCAUGACGGGCGCAGUGGUCACCAUGUCCUGCUCCAUCAUGCUGCUGCUCUACUUCUUCUACAGCUGCUUUGUCUAUGUCAUGAUCGGGCUCUUCGGCCUGGGCGCCAGCACCGGCCUCUACAGCUGCCUGGCCCCCCUGGUGCGCCACCUGCCCCCGCGGCCAUGCCAGCGGCCCCCGCGUGGCCGCCGGGCCUCUCUGCAGCUGCCCCUGCGGCUGCUUGCUGGCCUGUGCGCGACGGUGACCGUCCUCUGGGUUGCCUACCGCAACGAGGACAGCUGGGCGUGGCUCCUGCAGGACACGCUGGGCGUGGCCUACUGCCUGUUUGUCCUGCGGCGCGUGCGGCUGCCCACUCUCAAGAACUGCGCCUCCUUCCUGCUGGCCCUGUUGGCCUUCGAUGUCUUCUUUGUCUUUGUCACUCCCCUCUUCACCAAGACUGGUGAGAGCGUCAUGGUGGAGGUGGCCUCGGGCCCAGCAGAGUCCUCGCAGCAUGAGAGGCUGCCCAUGGUGCUCAGGGUGCCCCGGCUGAGCUUCUCGGCCUUGACUCUGUGCGACCAGCCCUUCUCCAUCCUCGGCUUCGGUGACAUCGUGGUCCCCGGCUUCCUGGUGGCCUACUGCCACCGCUUCGACAUGCAAGUCCACUCGCGCCAGAUCUACUUUGUGGCCUGCACCGUGGCCUAUGCCGUGGGCCUGCUGGUCACCUUCAUGGCCAUGGUUCUCAUGCAGACGGGCCAGCCCGCCUUGCUCUACCUGGUGUCCAGCACCCUGCUCACCAGCCUGGCUGUGGCCGCCUGCCGCCAAGAGCUCACCCUCUUCUGGACCGGCCGGGGCAGAGCCAAGCUCGGCAGGGCCCCUUCAGCGGGCUGCGGGCAGAAGCAGGGGGCCGCAGCAGACGCCCACACAGUCAGAGAGCUUGAGGGGGCCACCGACCAAAGGGCAGGGGACUUAGACAGCAACGCUGGGGAAGACACAGCCGAGAUUGUCACCAUAUCUGAGGAUGAAGCCACCAGUGCAGAGGGCCACAGUGACAGCUCCGAGGGCUGGAGUGAUGCCAACCUGGAUCCCCAUGAGCUGCCCACCGUCUCCCCCCAGGUCUCGGAGGAGCCGAUACCACUGAUGCCCCUGCUGUCCCAGCUCUCGGAGCCGGGCCACACCCACGCCCAGGCCCAGGCCGCCGGCCUGCCCUGGGCAGGGCUCCACAAGAGAAAGGGCUCGAAGGUGAAGAAGAGCAUGUCCACCCAGGCUCCCUUGUGAACCGGACCCCCGGGACACGCGCCUCUGAAGGGGCUGGCAGAACACUGCAGAGUAAAGCCACGCGUGGCAACAAGAAAUCGGGGCAUUAAAGAAAUUCCAUAUCUUCCCAA